UUGGUCCAGUGAUGAGAUACAAUGAUCAUACGUAGCAACCUCCAGAAACAAGUCCUCAGUCUGUAUAAACAUCUUAUACGAGCUGGUAAAGAUAAGCCAGGUGCGCUUCCCAGAAUCCAGCAUGAGUUUCGGAGGAACGCUAAGAUCCCAAGGACUGAGGUUAUGCGCAUCGAGUAUCUUGUGCGCCGUGGCCGCAGGCAACUGGAACAGCUGAAAGAUGUGAAUACAAAACAGCUUGGGGCGUUCAUAAAGACCUCUCCUGACCAAUCUGAAUCUACAUAACCAAGACGGGGCGGACGUCCUGCACAUGGACUUACCUUUGGGA